AUGGUCGAGAUCAAUCUGAGGUUGAAUACUCAGAGUUGUGUAACUCUGGUUCAGUUCUGCAAGAAAGAUGUUCCAAAUACUGAAACAACAACUGCUUCAGAAGCUGCAAUCGUCUAUCUUAUUCACUGGUUCAAUGUUGGGAUCAAAAGAAUUUGUGUAAAGGUUGUCUCAAGGUGGAGUCUCAAGGAAAUCAUGGUUAUGGAGGACUUUCUGAAGGCUACAUCUGCAAAAUUGGAAACAGCUUUAAAUCAAGACUACUUGAGCAAGUAUGAGAAAUUUGAGUUUAUUAAAUCAGAAUACUUUGAUCAGUUGAUAAACUAUAAGGGUAAAUUAGGUGGGACUAAAUUGGAGUAUGAAACUGGUAGUCGAUGGCGUACCCGUGACAAUUAUAGUGCAUGGCGUACUCGUGAGUUACGUAUGUCUGUUCUAGAAGAUAUCGAAAAACAAGAAUGGUCAAUAUGUGUCUUCCCUUUUCCGGAUGAUCGAUUCUGCAAUCAUUUUUCCGUUGUUGGGGUGACGACUACAGGUGAAAUUGUUUUGUGGGAGACGUUUUCUAAGUCUUAUGUUAUCUACUUUAGUCCCGUGAGGAACACAUUCCAAUAUGUUAAUUUUCAAGGCCGUGGAGCUAAUUGUGCUUCGGUUUACGCCAUUGUAGACCAUAUAGAGGAUGUUAGUGUUAACGAUGCAAAGCAACUCAAGUCAAGCAUCUAA